CAGUAGGCAUUGAUCAGGUCAGAGUGGGAGGGUAGCAGGCGGGAUCAUAGAGUCUCCAGUAAAAACUAUCUGACAGAAGUUUAUCUUGGCGCUGCAGUUUCCUCCGUGGUUCAAGAGAACAUGGCCUCUCUGUGAACUGAAGAGGCUCAGUCACCAACAGACUGUUGAGCUGCACUGCUGUAGGAGAUGAACAUUAGCAGGUGUCUCUCCUGGUGUUUGUCGAUAAAACUGAGUCUAUAUUUGUGAGCCAGUAUGGGGGACUGGAACUUGUUGGGGAAGCUGUUGGAGAGUGCCCAGGAACACUCCACCGUUGUGGGCAAAGUCUGGCUGACAGUGCUGUUCAUCUUCCGCAUCCUGGUGCUGGGAGCUGCCGCAGAGAAGGUGUGGGGCGAUGAGCAGUCCGGCUUUACAUGUGACACCAAGCAGCCCGGUUGUCAGAACGUCUGCUAUGACAAGACCUUCCCAAUUUCUCACAUCCGCUUCUGGGUGAUGCAGAUCAUCUUUGUCUCCACGCCAACUCUUAUUUACCUGGGUCACAUCCUUCAUCUGGUCCGCAUGGAGGAAAAGGAGAAACAGAAAGAGAAGGACAUUGCCAUCCAAAAUGAAAAGCACCAGCAGUUAGUUGUCACCAAAGCUAAGAAGGCCCCAAUUAAAGACAACCAGGGCCAUGUACGUUUGAAAGGCGCACUGCUGCGAACCUACGUGUUCAACAUUAUUUUCAAAACCUUGUUUGAAGUGGCCUUUAUUGUGGCUCAGUACUUCCUUUAUGGUUUUGAGCUCAAGCCGAUGUACACCUGCGAUCGCUGGCCUUGCCCUAAUGUGGUGAACUGCUACAUCUCUCGACCCACCGAGAAGACGAUCUUCAUCCUCUUCAUGCUGGCUGUGGCCUCCGUCUCCCUUCUGCUUAACCUGGUGGAAAUGUACCAUCUAGGCUUCAAAAAGUGCCACCAGGGCCUUCGUUACAGACGAUCAAAGGAUGCCAAGGCCCUAACUGAGCCGGUCAUGCCCUAUGUCCCAAACUAUAACUACUUUGCUGGUCAUCCUGCAGUGCCGGAACCUUUCCCCACAGACACAAAGUACAGCAUGGCAGAGCCAAACUCUGCCUUCAGCCCCUACAACAGCAAAGUGGUUUACAAGCAGAACAGAGAUAAUAUGGCUGUAGAGAGAAAAGGUAAAGCAGAUGGAGAUGAUGUAAAGGAGAGGAAAAUCUCCAGCCCUGUCUCUGAGUUGCCCAUUGAAAAUCAGCGUAGAAACAGUCAGUCAAGCAAGCACAGCAAUAACAAGAGCAGGCUAGAUGACCUGAAGAUCUAGGGACUUUCUGUGUUUUCAACACUCAUUAGCCUGUGAAAAUGUUUGCAUCAGUAUGGAGGACUAUGAGGGACAAAACUAUUUAGUGACCACAAAACAGAUGAUGGCUGAGAUCACUGUGCAGGAAUUGAAAGUGCACAGAGACAGAUAUGUGAACAUGUGAGAGGCCACAAACAGGCUUUUAAAGGACAUACCAAUAAAUGGGUGUUAUGGUCAUAUUUUCUCAGAAACAAAAGUGUUGGAACCAGUAGCAUGAUGUUGCUCAAAGGGCUUGGUAAAGGGAUACUUUACUGAUUUUCAACCAGCUUUGUCUCAUAGCAAUGGAGGUAGUAUUUGUAUACAAACUGCGGCAAACUUCCCUCCAUCUUACCAGUACCCAGAUCUCCCUGACCCUCUCCCAACAAAAAUCCACUGGAUGACAGCUUUCAUUUCAUCCAGCCUGUUGCUCAAACUACAGAUUAUACUUCUGCAUCGUCAUAUGCCCACCAUUAUAGACACAAAGAGUAUCUUUCUCAAAUUCAGACCAAACUUUCAUCAAACUGUAAAACUAGGCAGCGCUGAUCAAAUAUAAACCAGGCCUCUGUUACGUCAUUGCCUAUUUCUUAAUGCAAAUGUUUUCAGAAACAUGUUUUAGCUUAAUGUUUAACUCUAAUACCAGAUUGUUUGUAGCUAGCCACCUGCCAUAUUGUUUCCUGUGGGAAAAAAAGUCCAAGCUUGCAUUAUGUCACCCACCAGGGGGAGCAUUUACUGGUCCAGUGCGGCGCAGUGCAUUCUGGUAGUUGUAGGCUUUCUACAUCUUGAGCAAAAGCAAAUAACACAACCCUUUCCCCUCUGUUUUCUCUGGUCACGUAGCACCAGUUUCAAAAGAUUUUGCAUUUUUCUACUGCACAGACAGCCCAGCUUUAUGAAUAGACCAUUUUUCCAGUUGUGAGAUACGUCUUUAUAUAUGGUGACACUCGAAUGCAUUUUCCCUGCUCUAACUAUGAGUCUGUGGGAAGUGAACUUAAUUUGUAUAUUUGAGUUAAUGAUGAGUUAUGAUUACACAGUUAAUUAUUUACAUGUUUACGUGUUUACGUACUUCAUCAGUGACUUUAAAAUAGUAACAAUAAUUUGCUAAAUCUACCUCUGUGGUUUCCUUUACAUUUACAUCAGUCAAAGUCCUCCAAGCAUCUGAUUGGUUAGUUUAUUCAUAUGUAAGUCAGAAACUAGAAGGUGUUGUUGUGAAGCUGAUGAAGUGUGGAGAAUAGUAAAAUGCUGUUUAAGAAAGUUAUCUGUCUCCAUCCUGCUGUUUUUUCUCAAUAAGUGUAAUCCAACCAUCACAUAUUGAACCUGCAUGUUCUAUAACUUUAAAAAUAAUAAGUAAAGGAAGCUACAUUUUUCACUCAAAUCAUGAUGUGAUAAUUCCUCUCAUGGUAUCAAAUCAACAAUCUUGCAGAUUAAUUAAUGUUCAGAUCUGCUUUGCACCCACUCAAAAAAUGUUGACAUUGAUGAACUUUCAUAUUAUGGGCGAUAAAGAUGCAAAUAAGUUGAGAAUGUCUUUGUUUACAAGCAGUUUACUUACUUAAACUGUGAGAUGCAUGAAAAAGAUGUAAGCUGGACAGUUUGAAUAUGGGAAAUGUUUGGAUUUGAUUGCCAUGUUACUGCAUGUGGAGCAUGCGUAACACAUGACACAUUACUCCACCCCAAGAUGGACAAGUUUUUCCAAUAAACUUUUGCUUUAUCAAUCAAAUUUGGGGCAAUAUUGCAUGGUUAUUUAGAUUUUCUGCAAAAAGAAGAUAUGUUGACAUAUACACACAUUCAGUUGUUACCUACUUCUUUAUGUCUGUGUAAUUUGAUUAAACCGAUGUGCAGCAAAGGAGUGUCCUGUCAGUAUUCAUGUUUUAAGUCAGAUAUCAGAUCUCUUUUGAUCACCAAGGAAUAAAAAACAUCCAUUUUUUUCUCGUCUGUCUUAAAAAUGUCACAGAUAUACUCUGCUGGUAUUUCUUUUGCU